AUGAAGCCGACCAGCAACGUGGCCAGCAACCCCAUUGACGUCGAGCUCUUCUCCAUCUACUUCCUCAUCACGGAGACGGUCGCGACGGUGCUCUGGGUCGCGAUCGCCGCGCACUGCCUCCGCGGCGCCCGCGUGCCUUGGCUGUCGCCGCCCUUGCGCUGCCUCAUUGCGACGCUGUACGCGUCGGCCAAGCUCGCGCUCCUGCGGUACGCGUUUGCAUCGACGUUCUACUUCAAGGCGACGCAGCUCGUGACGGGCGUCUGCGGACUCUUGGCUGCCGUCGCGUGGGUCUGGCGCCGCGGGCCGUUCUGGUUCCUCUUCCAGGCCAAGCCGCUCCGCGUGUUCGAGUCGUACUCGUCGAUUGCGUCCUUUCUGCGCCACAUUGCCUACGUCGUGCUCCAGGGCCUUGUGGCGGUCCCGACGCCGGCCGACACGGCGCCCGCGCAGCAGCCGGCGUCCGUGCAGCACCAGCUCUCCAAGCUGCAUUUCCAUGUCAACCGCGAUAUCUGGAACGGCGCCAUGAUCGAGCACUGGCGGCUUGCGCUGCUGGGGCAUGGCCGCGCGCGCCGCGUGACGCGCGACGACCUGCCCUACUACGAGACGCGUGUGCUCUUUGCGAUGCAAUCGGAUGGUCUCUUGGUGUCGUUUUAUUUAUUGCCGCCGCUGCCAAGCAUCCUCCUCGACCUCCACACGGCGUGCCGCUGCAACGUGUACGAGCUCGUGCUGCGCUAUCUCAAGUGCUCGGCCGAUGUGGCCGUCGAAGCGCCGCUCAUGUAUUAUGCGACGAAUCCAAUCUCAAGCGCGGUCACGUCGUCGGCGCAGCGCGACGCGAUCCAAGACCUCCUACGGCGACUCAACGUCAACCUGGCGGUGGGGCGCGACAUCCCCCUUCGGCUGCUCAAGACACACAACUUUAUCGCGGCCGGGACACCCGGUGCGACCAAGCGCGUGCGCCGACCGUCGUCGACGUCCAAAUUCCAGUUCGACUAG